AUGUUUGUCUCUGGAUGUGUCACGGUUCUCUUUGGGCUUGUACAAAUUGGAGCAAAAUUUAUGUUUGUUGCUGGCAUGUUUGUCUCUGGAUGUGUCACGGUUCUCUUUGGAUUUUUGGACAGAACACCUGAUGGGCCAAUAUUCAUAGGGCUGUGUUUUUUGGUCCGAGCAAUGGAUGCCAUUGGUUUUUCUGCUGCAGUGACAGCCUCAUUCUCUAUUCUCAUAAAUGCUUUCCCACAAAAUGUAGCUACAGUUAUGGGUAUUCUUGAAGUUUUUACCGGAUUGGGAUUAGUGUUGGGUCCUCCAAUUGGUGGCUUUUUGUACCAGAGUUUUGGCUAUGAAAUCCCUUUCAUUGCACUUGGAAUUGUAAUGCUGCUCAUGGUGCCUCUGAAUAUGUUCAUCUUACCAAAUUAUAAUUCAGCUCCUAAGAAUGAUUCGUUCUUGAAGCUUAUUGUUCUACCAAAAGUUGCAAUCCUUUGUCUAAAUAUAUUUGGACUCAGUUCAAGUAUAGCCUUUCUGGAUCCUACAAUGUCAUUAUUUGUCUUGGAUAAAUUUAAAUUGUCAGUAGGAUACGUAGGAUUGGUCUUUCUGGCCCUAGCGCUCCCUUAUUCCUUAUCUUCACCAUUUCUUGGUUUUUUAAGUGAUAAAAAGCCGUGGUUAAGGAAGUGGCUGCUAAUCGUUGGAGCUUUUCUGACCACAUUAUGCUAUUUUUUCUUAGGGCCAGCUCCCAUCUUCCGUAUUGAAAGUCAGCUUUGGCUUUUCAUUCUGAUGUUGGCCCUGAAUGGUUUUGCUCUUGCAAUGAUUGGUAUCCCAAUAUACCCUGAAGCAAUCAAUUGUGCAUAUGAGAAUGGAUUUGAGGAAGGAUUAAGCUUAUUAGGAUUGGUGUCUGGACUCUUCGGUGCAUUAUGGGCACUUGGGUCUUUUGUAGGUCCAACUUUAGGUGGCUUCUUAAAUGAGAAACUGGGUUUUGAAUGGUCUGCAGCCAUACAAGGAGGAUUCACAUUGUUAAGUGGACUAGCAGCUGCAGUUUAUUAUACCUAUGAAGCCAUACAAAAGAAGAGGUCCCACCCUGGAAUUCAUCGGGGUUCAGAGCAAGAGAGGUCUCUUUUAUUGAAUGGAACUUAAUGAGAUGUUUUUUCUCAUUGCCGGUUUAAAUCUAACUUUAUUUGUAAAUUUAAGAGCAUAAUGUGCAAAAAACCAAGCAAAUGUCAUGAAAUGUAGUUCUGUCAAAACCCUGCUUCACAAUUUUUGGAUUAUACAGUAAAACCAUUACCUUCUAAUUAGACAAUUAUUAUUAGAAAAGCCAUUCCAAUUUUAUCCUUUUUUCAUGUCUAUAGUGGUCUUCUGAAAAACUUUCACUGGAAAAGACUGUCAAAGAGAUUUGCAGGGUAAAAGUGGUUUGCACAAAAGAUGACUUUUAUACUUUGAUAUAAGGAUACGCACAAAGAAUGCAAACUAAUAAAGUAUUAUUUCAAAUGA